GGGAGAACUAAAAGUGGACUGCUGUUACGCGCCUUGGGUGUGUCAAUGGACGUCACGAAAGUCCGCUAUCCGGUGGCUGCACUGUGGGAACUGUAUAAAGCCGCGCCACUGUCCAAAACGAUGGGGAAAAGUUGCACUGGAGUUCAAGCGUGGUGUCCUGUUGCGUGAUCUCCCGCAGCUAUCCUCAGGAAACCAACCAUCUCUAUUCACUGACGAUCAGCGAAUAGAGAUCAGCACUGAGCGCCACAGCCAUUGCGCUGCGCUCUUUUAAGUCUACUCUGGAGGGGGGAAACCAACAGCAGGAAUAAAACCGGUUUCAUAUUUUAGAUUUGAAACCCGCUCGCUGCAUCGGAGUCACCAGAGAUGAUGAAUUUUAUCCCCAUCUGCCUGUUAUGUGGAUUGUAUGGUGUUCUUGCAAAAGACAAAGAUCAAAAGGGGAAAUACAGCGUUCCUCUUCUGGAUGUGAAAACCCGGCAGCUGGUCCUUAACAUCAACCAGACACUACAGCUCGGCUGCAGGGGUCGCUGGGAGCUGACAUGGGCGUUCCCAUCAGGUUUGACCAGAGAUCAGGUGCAAGUGGAGGAGUCUCGCUGUGGGAGGACAAGCCAGCAGUACUGCAGUCGUUUGAGGGUCAUCAGCACCCAGACCCAGCACACUGGCCUUUUCCGCUGCAGAUACCGACACCGAACUCAAAAACAGACCUCCAUCUAUGUAUAUGUCACAUACAGCCAGCAGCCAUUUGUGGAACAUCCGGGUAUGAGCCCAGAUGUGUUGUACAUGAAGGAGAAGCAGCCACUGGUCAUCCCCUGCCGGGUCACCCACCCUAACGUCACCACCACACUGGUCAAGUUCCCCAACCAGAGCCUGAGUCCAGACCAGAGGAACAUCAUCUGGAACAGCAAGCAGGGCUUCACCAUCCGAACUCCUACCUUCUAUUACAUUGGCCUCUUCUACUGCCAGACAAUCACUGACGGCGUCACACACAAGUCACGUAUAUACUUUAUACACAGACCAGUGAGUAACAUCAUGGAGGUCUAUCUGAACAGCAGUGGCCCUGUGCAGGCCCUGAAAGGAGAGAGACUAGUCUUGAACUGUACUGCCACCGGGGAGUUGAACACCAGAGUCAACAUCACCUGGGACUACCCCGGAAAGAAUAACAACACAGGCUUCACGUCCAAGAGGCUCCUAAAACACAGAACGCACAUGUUGUUCUACAAUAUUCUGACCAUCCCGAAGCUCCAGCGUUCAGACCGAGGCCUCUACACAUGCCGCGUGACCAGCGGGGAAAAACACAAACAACAGAAAGUCACUGUUACAGUCCAUGACCGUCCGUUUAUUCGCCUGAAGUCCAGACAUGGAUCUACGAUGGAGGCGCAGGCAGGACAGAAAUCUUACAGAAUCUCUCCCAAACUACGAGCGUUCCCUGCCCCUGCAGUCAUCUGGUUGAAGGAUGGCAUGGUGGCAGCAGAGCAAUGCUCCAGAUAUCACAUGGAUGGGAAUUCCCUGGUGAUCCGGGAUGUGGCAGAGGAGGAUGCUGGGAAGUACACUGUCCUGGUACGAAUCCAGGAACAUGGACUCUACCAGAAUCUCACGCUCACUCUUGUGGUCAAUGUGAGUCCUCAGAUAGGGGAGAAAGCGGUGUCGUUGCAGGACCCGGGCUCGGUGCCACGGGGGAGCAGACAAGCCCUCCACUGCACAUCCCACGGAGUGCCUCCUCCACACAUCCAGUGGCUAUGGCAUCCCUGCCCAUCCAAAGGCCUGUGUGUGUGUCCAACAUCCUCCUCCCUUUGGAGCCCUGUUACAGAGAGGGUCCCUGCCACGUUCACAAGCAACCACAUCCUGAGUAUUACACAUAGACAGGAAGUGCUUCAAGGGAAGAACAAGACAGUGGGGGUCCUGACUGUGGCAGAGGCCUUUGUGUCUGGAGUCUAUCGCUGCACUGCCUCCAACUCUGCAGGCACAGACCAGCUAGACCUCCACUUCUACGUCACAGAUGUCCCAGGAGGCUUCAGUGUGAGCCAGGGGGAGGAGCCUAGAGAGGGUGGAGAACUGCAUCUCACCUGUGUAGCCAAUAAGUACCUGUACACAGCGUUGUCAUGGCAACGGGUGAAUGAGACCGAGGGUGUCCAAUCCCGCAGCCCUGCCCGGAGUAGUCAGCAGCUCACAUUGGGGGAGUUUUCCAAUUCUCUGGUCCUGUUGCUAAGCAACCUAACAGCCAGAGACUCUGGCGCCUACAGAUGCUCUGCCCACCACCUGAUCAUCGGACGGGAGGCACACCUGGACAUACAGGUGGUGGUCACAAUUUUGGAGCCUCCGGUGCUGCUUAAUAAUCUGACAGAUUGUACUGUCAACCUCAGCAGCUCAGUAAUCCUUAGCUGUCCCUCUGAAGGAGUCCCAACCCCAAUCAUCAUGUGGUACAAGGAUGAACGUGCUUUGUCUCAGGGAUCAGGCAUUGUGAUAUCAACAGAAGAUGGGACCCUCCAUAUUGAUCGAAUCACAGUCGAGGACCAGGGCAUGUAUACGUGCCAGGCCACCAAUGAGAGGGGAUCUGCAGAGAGUUCCGCCUAUAUAUGGGUAAACCGUGUUUCAGAAACCUCAUUUCUGGAGAUUCCCACACUUACCUGUACCUGUGUGGUGGCCACUCUCUUCUGGCUUUUGCUGACGCUUUUCAUACGCAAACUGAAACAGCCCAACAGCUCAACCACCAAACCAGAGCACCUGUCAAUCAUUCUAGACAGAGGGGAGGGGCCAGUAGAGGAGCAGUGUGAGAGACUACACUACAAUCCCAACCAAUGGGAGUUCCCUCGAGAGCGGCUUAAAUUAGGGAAACCUCUGGGCCGCGGAGCCUUUGGUAAGGUGAUGCAGGCAGCUGCGUUUGGAAUAGACAAUGACACCAGGUGCAGGACUGUGGCUGUUAAAAUGCUCAAAGAUGGAGCUACAGCCAGCGAACACAAAGCGCUGAUGACUGAAUUGAAAAUCCUCAACCACAUUGGACAUCAUCUUAAUGUAGUCAACCUACUGGGAGCCUGCACCAAGCCAGGAGGACCACUGAUGGUCAUUGUGGAGUACUGUUGCUAUGGAAAUCUUUCUAACUUCUUGAAGGGCAAGAGAGAGGUGUUUGUGUACAACACGCCGGCAGGAGGAAAGGAUGGAGGGCCAGGUUGUUUCGCCAGAGUGUCUGAGUCUGAUUCGAGAGACAGGAAAGAGAAUCAACUUGAUCCCAAAUCUGCCUCCAACUCCCCUUUAUUCCUGGAGGACCUCAUCUCCUUUAGCUUUCAGGUGGCGAGAGGAAUGGAGUUUCUGGCCUCUCGCAAGUGUAUUCACCGAGACCUGGCAGCCAGAAACAUUUUGCUUUCUGACAAUAAAGUGGUUAAGAUCUGUGACUUUGGCCUGGCCAGAGACAUCUACAGAGACCCUGACUAUGUCCGCAAGGGAGAUGCCCGCCUCCCUCUAAAGUGGAUGUCUCCAGAGUCCAUCUUUGACAAGGUGUUCACCACGCAGAGUGACGUGUGGUCCUAUGGCAUUCUGCUGUGGGAGAUCUUUUCUUUGGGAGCGUCCCCUUACCCUGGUCUUCACAUAGAUGAAGAGUUCUGCCACAGACUAAAGGGGGGAACAAGGAUGCGAGCACCUGAAUACAGCACUACUGAGAUUUACAGCACAAUGCUGGCGUGCUGGGAGGCCAGUCCCUCAGAUCGACCCACCUUCACUAACCUGGUGGAGACCCUGGGAGACCUGCUGCAAGCGAGGGUUCAGCAGGAUGGAAAGGAUUACAUUCCUCUGGGAUCUUUCAUGACUGGAGACACUGGUCGCAGCGAGUCCUUCAAAGAAAACCUGCUUGCAGUCACAAACAUGAGUUAUAUGAGGGGUAUGGCCACACUUCAGACGUUUGAGGAACUGCCCUCCGAGGAGCCAGACAACCCUGACGAGGAGCAGAGUGACAGUGGCAUGAUCCUCCCAUCUGAGGAGCUGAAGCGUCUGAUGUGGAAUAACGGCACCAAGAACAGGAAAGUCAGCAGGUUAUUUACCUUCGCUAAAUGCCGGGACAACCAGGUGCCUUUCCUGUGCGAUGACAUCACAGGUGUCUGUGAUGACAAGCCGUCUAUCUUGCCGUGUGAUUGGGGGUCUGACGAGGGGGGCUCCCCACCUCCGGAUUACAACUCUGCUUUUCUAUAUCCCUCCCUCUAGCAUGUGUUCCUGAACCGAUUUACACAUAGCAUAUAUUUUCUUGCUCAUAAUCUUUAGUCAACUAAAACGUAAUCUGCUUUUCAAUUUCAAUCCUCUACCUCAUUAGAAUAUCUGCAUUUAUUCAUCUGUCAUCCUUUUCUUCCUUCAGCCAAAUUCAGAGAUAAUUUCUCUAGAUUUAACACAAAACCUCGCUUUGCUUUUCUUCAGUUCUCAAAACCAAAUGCUGUUGUACAACAAAGCCUUACCAAGUAUUAUCUUGCAUUACAACACACAACGCCUUCCAAGAGCAGCUAAGUAUUACCUGAUAGUACUUACCUGAUAGUAUCAUAUGCAGUUAUGCAGAAUGUAUUUACUGACAUACAACUAUUACAGCGUAUUGUAUUGGUACCUCAUGUGCUGAGCUUUGUGAAAAGGAACACUGCUGUAUGAAAUAAUAGUUCCUUCUACACAGCUACUAUAUGCUGGAAAGAAAGUUAUUAUAUACUGAAUUAUAGUAUGAGUUAGACAAGACGUAUCUGUCUGUAUUUAUUGUAAUGCUGUAAACGUUUCAUGGAUGAGGUGUAUCUCACUGGGAAUGUUAAUAUCCACUCCGUUUAAUUUGGGUUAUUUAAGGUUAUAAUGUUCAGUCUUAAAAACGUAAUGAUUUGUCCAUCCCAAUAGUAUCAAUGGAGGCCUCAGUAAUACAAUCUACAGUCAGCCAAAUCACCAGCAAGUUGAAUCAUUUCUCUAAAACAGCUUCAACAAAAACAUUGUAAGCCUCAUAAACAUAGCAUGAAUUGCAGGGCUGCUAUAUUAGAUUGUACUGCAUACAUAAUAAACUGGCAAAUGAUUGAAUAUUUAAUUCUAUAAUUAGUAUCCUUUGAUAUAGAAUUAAGUCAAAUUAUUCAGAUUUGACAAAAACGUAUAACAUAUACCCUUGCAGAACAGUUUUUUCCUAUAUAUAAUUUUACAAAAAAUAUUGAAUGUACUAUGAUUAAUAUAAUUAAAUAUGGUGUUUUUCCUUGACAACUAGAGCUGAAAUAAUUAGUCCAUAUAUAGAAAAUUGACUAUUUUUAUAUCCAAUUUGAAACAAAAAUUAAUUAUUUUUCAAAAAUACCUAACAUUUCUUAAUUCCAGCUUCUCAAUUGCGAGAUUUGCGGCUUUCCUGUCUUAACCCUGAUUGGUGUUCAUAUUUUUGUAACACAGCCAAUGUUCCCGGGUCUGAUUGACCCGUCACAUUAUUAGGCUUUUAAAUCAAUACAGCCAUAACUAUUUAUGUAAAAAUACUUAAGUUUACUCUCAAUUACCAAUGAUAUAUAUAUACACAUCAUUUAUGGUUCAUAUUUGCCAUUUACCCCUAUGAGAUCACAUUUACGAUCACUUUUGGUGGUUGAGAAAAUAAGGAAAUUCAAUUGUAAAAAACAAAACAAAAAUCAGAACAGGUGAAAGUGCUUGAAAUGUUACAAUUUUGUAACUUCGUGUGGGAAUAGCAGGUGCAGACAGACAGACGUUCGGACACACGCGCGCACACACACACGCGCACACACACGCGCGCGCACACACACAAACACAGUUUGCAUGUAUUUUCCAUUUAAAGAUGAUUAAUCACUGAAGAAUGUAAUUGUUAGUUUAGUACAAUCCUACCCAUAUGUUGACAGUGUUUCUAUAAACAUUUUUUAUAUUAUUUUAUUUAAAAAAAGCUGUAAUGUACCCAAUUGCAAGACAAGACCGUGCAUUUAUCAGUUUUGGUAUUCUUUAUUAAAAUACUGCUGUACACACAAAUAUUGCAAAAUUUGAGACAAUGAACACAAGAGGGGCAUAAAACAUACUAAGAUGGUGAUUGUAGGUGUGUUGAUGUGGGGGAGGAGAAGAAUGUCAUCCUAAUUUUAACUGGAGUGUUUGUGUUGUGAUGUGGAAGAUACUGAUAUGAGCACUGACAUUGUGUGGACCGAGAUGGGUGGCGUGUGUGUGUGUGUUUUUUUUUUUUCUAAAGCACCACAUUCACCAAAUAUGUUUUUGUCUGUUCAUUUCACUAAAAUGGAGGAAGUAGUACAUGAUCUAACACAGCCAGAUUCUUGAAGGUUGGUUACCCUCAAGUACAGACCAUCCACUUCCAUGACAACUCUGAAAUCUUUACGUAAAAGCCAAGACACUGUUCUUUUACACCAUCCGUUCCCGUUGACACCAUCCACCUUAAAUUGUCUCUUAUCUGACAGUGUGCUUCAUACAUGAGACCCUGUUUUUCCUACAGUCUUACGUAUGUAACACGCUUUUCAAAAGCUACGGAGUACUAUGCUAAGGCAGAGAAAUCAAGAACAGUGGUUAGACAGAGCUUGGAUUGAUCCCUUUAUCUGGGUGAAGCAGGUUUGCACCAAAUUUAUUUUUAAGAGAUUCAAAUCAUCAAUGGAAUAUGAACCAUACCUUAGGGCAACAUUAAAUCCCUCACAGCGUGAUCUCCACAGUGCCACUUACUUCCUAGAACUUCCACCUGAAGACAGCCCACCCACUCCACUGUAGCCCAUUUGACUGGAGAGGGGGCAACCAAUGACAGCCAAACACAUUCAAUCAUUGGGCCCCACCAGCUGUUGGUCAUCCUGAGAGAAAUCCAAGCCAUCCAAUUAAGUGCUGGAGACUGCUUUGUCUCCAGCACGUUUGUAUUUCAUGAUCUUUAAAAGUUAAAUAAAACAAGAC